AUGGCUAUGAACCCCAACGUGGGCGCGGCAACGAUGAAUCCCAUGGGCGGUCCUGUCGGCGGCGCGCCAAUGCCCAUGAUGAACAACGUCGCCAACAACCCCCAGGCCGCUGCCGCCGCCGCUGCCGCCGCCGCGAGGCAGCAGCAGCAGAUCAAUGACAAUCAGCGCGGCGUGCUCAACACCUACAUCUACGAAUACUUUAUCCGAUACGGCAUGUUCGACUGCGCCCGCAGCCUGCUCAACAGCGAGUCGCAGGUCAACGUCCACAAGGACGGCGCCAACCGCCGUCGCGACGAGUCUGGCAACGCCGUCAACGGCGCCGACGACGCCAUGGACACGGACAACAAGGACGACAUCGACGGCAAGCUGCCCGACGACCUGCCGCCUCCGAAGCUGCCGAUGCCCGCCUCCGACUCGUCCUUUCUCUACGAGUGGUUCUGUCUCUUCUGGGACAUCUACAACGCCCAGCGCCAAAAGGGCGGCAACGGGACUGUAAACCAAUACGUCGCCCACACACAGCAACAGUCUCGGCUGAAGCAGACCCAGCAACAGGAACUGCUCCGUCAAAUGCGCCCCGGCAUGGAGAUGAGCCAAAUGACGCCCCAGCAGCAACAGUACAUGAUGCGCAACAUGCAGAACGGCAACAUGGCUAUGAAGCAGGGCAACCUCGCCCGAGCCGCCAUGGCUAACAACCAGAACCCGCAAAUGAUUAUGCAGCAGGCCAAGCAGAACCAGAUGCAGCGGGAUCCCUCCGGCAUGGAGAACCGCGAUCGCCCCGCGUCCCCCGCGUCUGGCGACAACGCGCCUUCGCCGUCUAAGCGGCCCCGUAUCGACGGCGCACCGUUCAACCCGAAUCAGCCCGGCGCCAUGAUGAACGGCCGCCCUGGCCAGGGAAUGCCCGGCCAGCAGCUGGCUAAUAACCCUAAUGCAGCCGCCGCGCACCAGAUGCUGACCGCGAAUGGCAUCAACCCCAACUCCCUCAACCCUCAGCAGUUCCAGAACUUUGUCAACGCGCCUCCUGCUGCCCAGCAAAAGUCUAUCGCCACGUACUCGCAGAACCUUCAGCAGCACCACGGCUCGCAGAUGGGAAACAAGCAGAUGCCCAACGCCGCCGGACCGCAGGGCCAGGGUUCACCGAUGAUGCCUCAGGGCCCUGACGGAACCGCUCUCAAUGCCUUUUACAACCCUGGCGACAUCGGCCCAGGCGGCAUCCGAGCCGGUCCGGGAGCCCAGGGGCAGAACCCCGGCAGCAACCACGCCCUGCAGGACUAUCAGAUGCAGCUGAUGCUCCUGGAGCAGCAGAACAAGAAGAGGCUGAUGAUGGCCCGCCAGGAGCAGGACAACAUGCCUGGCAUGCCACGGGAGGGUGGCCCUGGUGGACCGGGAGGACCUGGCCAGGGUCCCAACGGACAACCGUUCCCCGACGCGUCCCCCCAGGCGAUGCGCACCGGAGCGUCGCCCAAUCCUGCCGAGCAGAUGAAGCGCGGCACGCCUCAGAUGAACAACUCUGGCGUACCCUCGCCGGUUCCCGAGGGUGGACAGUCCCGCGGCUCCCCCAACCCGGCGAUGAACUUCAUGGGCAACCACGUCGACCCGAACAUGGCGCCGCACUUCUUCAAGGGUAUGGAGGGCAACAUGGCUGCCGCGCAGGCGCAGAUGAACGGCAUGCGGCCACCCAGCUCGCAUCCCGGACAGCCAUUCACGGGCCAGAUGAACCCGCAGCAGAUGAUGGCUGCCCGGCAGCAGCAACAACAGCAGCAAGGCCAGCCUCAGCAGGGCCAGCAGGGUGGUCCUCCGCAGCAGUGGCAGCAGGGACCCAACGGCCAGAUGGUCCCUCAAGGUAUGCAGCAGCAACAGCCGCAGCAGAACCCACAGGCCCAGGGCACCCCUCAACAGCGAUCGAUGCCUCCUCCAUCUGCGCCCGCCGCUGCCGGCGCCAACGCGAACAACCGCACAACUGCAUCCCCCCAGCAGCCUGCCGCGGCACCGCCAACGCCGAACCAGGGCAACAAGGCCGCGCCGAAGAAGAAGGAGAGCAAGGCCGCCAAGGACAAGCGAACUGCCGCCCAGAAGAAGGCCGGCCAGAACGCCUCAAACGCUGGUGCCACUCCCGCAGGCGAUGCCGGCGGCGAUCAAGAGGCCCCCACACCGGCCACGCCCAUCACACCUGUCAACCCUGGCUUCAAGAGCGGGCAGAACGGCGCGGCAAACGCCCAGACGACAACAGCUGCGCCUGCGCAAGCUGCCGCGGCGCCCGCGCCCGCUCCUCAAGGUGCUCCCAUGCCGCCGCAGGGCCAGGGCGACCCGAACCAAAACAACGCCAUGUCCAUGGACAACUUUGGCAGCAUGGUCGACUUCGGAUCCAUGGAACUGGCCAACCCCCUGCAGUCCGGCGACGUCUUGAACGACUUCGACUUCGACUCGUUCCUCCACGAGGACAACAACGAGCCGUUCGACUUCAACGGAGCGUUUACCGGCAUGGAGGGCGGCGAGAUUGGAGCGGAGUGA